AUGAAAAUUGCUCGUUAUUUACUUGAAAAACUAUUUAAGUGCACAUUUGAAUCUGCUCAUUUUAAUUUCAUUAUAUUUAAUCCAAAAAUGAUUCAAUUAUUAUUUGACGAAAAUAAAAUAAAUAUACCUUUACAAAUUCAUACUCGGAGGACAUUUCUAUUUAAUAACAAUAAGCAAACCAAAUAUUUAUUAAAAUUUGUAUUUAAUCAUCUGAUAUCUAAUGAAUUUAACGUUUGGCCUUCGAAUCGACAAAAUUUAGGUGUUGCAUUUAAAAUUUUAACAACUGGGGGAGAUAAAUUUCCCAAAGUUUGUUGUGACGAUACUAUCUUCAAAUCAUCUGUUUACAAUUUUAUUAUACGACAUAUAGAAACUUCAAAAGAUUGUUCUAAAAUGGUAAAAGAAAUUAGUUUGCGUAUUCGUCGACCUCUUAUAUUGAGUGAAAGAGCAGAAAAUAUCGAAAUCAAAAAUGAAAACAACCGUGUAAAAUCUACAAAGUAUCAACUUUCCAAUAAAUACAAUCCAGAAAUGAAGUUUUCUGUUUAUAUUAAAGAAACCUUUUUGUAUAACGAUGUUGAAAUUAAAAGAAUUAUUUGA